AUGUGUCAGGCGCAACCGGUGCUCGGAGACGUCGAGCUGUACGUGAGCGUCUCGGCCGAGGCGGCGACCGAGGACUUCACAUUCGACCCCUUCCCGGACCUGCCCGCCGAUUUCGGGCCGGAAAUCCCAGAUGACGGCGUCGACGGUCUGCUCCUGAUGGCCGACCCCGAGGAUGCAUGCGGGCAGUUCACGUUCACUGAGAGGCGGGAGACAUGGGUGGCACUCAUCGCCCGCGCACAGCGGCCGCACCCCACCAACUGCACGUUUGAUGUCAAGGUCCGCAACGCCGAGCGUGCCGGCGCAGCGGCCGCCAUUGUGUUUGACGACGCCUACGAGGCCCUCAUCAUCAUGUCAAAGCCCCUGGGCAACCCCGACCCCGGGAUCCCCUCGGUGUUUGUGUCGGCAAAGGCGGGGCUGGUGAUGAGGAAGCUUCUCGUGCCGGGGCAGACGCGCGUGCGGCUGACGCCGGGAUCGGGCGGGGGUAUGGUUGUGCUGCAUCGAUGGCAGUCGUGA